AUUAGCAAAAUUUUCUAUUAUUUUAUAGUUUCAAUGGGGUUGAUUUUCUGUCGAAAAUGCGGGGGAAGACUGUGAUGUUUGUGGGCGACUCUCUGGGAAGGAACCAAUGGGAGUCGUUGAUUUGUAUGACUUCAGCUGCGGUGCCUCAAUCACGGAUGCAAAUGAUGAAAGGAGAUCCUCUCUCAACCUUCAAGUUCUUGGACUACGGUGUAGCCGUGUCGUUCUACAGAUCUCCCUAUCUGGUGGACAUUGAUGUAGGGGAAGGGAAGAGGGUUCUAAAGUUGGAUGAUAUAUCAGAGAAUGGGAACACGUGGAGGGGUGCAGAUGUGCUGUCAUUUAACACCGGUCACUGGUGGAGCCACAAAGGAUCACUCCAAGGGUGGGACUACAUGCAAUCAGGAGGAUCAUAUUAUGAAGACAUGGAUCGUUUGGUUGCUUUGGAGAGGGGUCUGAGAACAUGGGCCAGAUGGGUUGACACCAAUGUUGACACAAGUAGAACAACACUCUUCUUCCAAUCCAUCUCUCCUACCCACUACAACCCAAUGGAAUGGAAUGCCCGGACAUCAACAAAGAGCUGUUAUGGGGAGACCGUGCCGAUGAGUGGCGACAUAACCUACCCAGGGGGAUACCUAGAUCAAAUAAAGGUGGUUGACUCGGUACUAAGUGAAAUGAACAGCAUGGUACAUAUGCUCGACAUAACAACGUUGUCGGCAAUGAGGAAAGACGCGCAUCCCUCCAUCUACAGUGGUGAUUUGAACCCCGAACAACGAGCUAACCCUGACCACUCUGCUGACUGUAGCCACUGGUGUCUUCCUGGUGUGCCCGAUACUUGGAACGUAUUGUUCUACACGGCUUUGUUCUUCUAACAAUUUUAGUAGUAUCUUCUAUAGGAAUAUGCCCCCGGAGAUGGUGCUAGUUUUUAUAGCUAUUGAUGUAUGAAAAAGUCAAGAAAUACAGGAAUCGAUCACGGAAAUGGACACAACACUCUCACACGAGGUGGAUUCCACUCCAAUGUGAGAGGAUUGUGUUCGGUUCUGUGAUUGGUUUCUGUGCGAGUAGAAAAACUAUUGAUGUACACCCAUAUAGCCUUAGGAUUGGAUGCAAAUUGCUCCUUUAGAUAUCACUCUUGUAAAAUAGUGGCAUUUGGGAAUUGGGAUGUUUAUUAUUUGUUAGGGGAAAUAAGGCAACUUAAUUCCUUGACUCAAAUCUUAAAAUAUUACUAAUGAAUCAUCUUUCUGUCCUUUCUUCCUUAA